GCUAGAUUUUUAAGGGCUAUAAAAUUAUUGUUUCACACACUCCCUCCCGUAUCUAGCCGCGCUCCGACUUCCUCCCCCCUCCAUCUACCCAACCCUAACCCACCACUCCCGUUGUUACGUUUUUUAUUAUAUAUAAUUAUUAAUUUCUUCUUAUUUCUUCUUAUUUCUUCUUCUCUUAGUUUUUUAAUUUAAAAUGUUGAUUGUUUGAGAUAUUUUGUACAUUCAGUUUGUUGAAAUAUGGAUUCUGAAGUAAGCAGUUAUAGGCCUCCGCCAGAAUUCGAAGAAGAUUCGUCGGAGCCACUUGUCGAUCUUACUUUGUCGGACUCUACGGAGCUUUUCCUUAUUCAAUGGCCUCUUCAUCAACAUCCUGAAAUUAAUGGCCAGGAAUUUACUCUUCAGCUCGGUCCUGAUGGAAAGUUGGGCAGUUUUAUAGAUUCUACUGUUGGAAAGAUUUCACAACGAGUUUCCCUUGUACAUUACAUGAACCCUGAAGAGUAUGAAAAGCUCAGUUCUGACAAGAAACUGGUGUAUCUAAAAGCUUCUGGAACCUUAAUGACUAAUUCUUCCAAUCCUUUUGUUACUCCUAUGAAAAGUAAAGGGCGGAAAAAUUCAGAGUCUUGGGGGCGUACUGUCAGCACACAUAGUAGUCGACAUAAAAGUACUUUCUCUGGAAUCAAUGAGCUAUCUAAGCCGUCAAAAAGAAAGCAUGAUCAUGAAUCUACAGGAUCCAUGAACCAGCCAGCACAGAGUCAUGAGACAACUCCAUUUCCUGGGUCAUCAGAGCAUAGAAAUGCCCAUGAAUCAACCAGGUCCCUGGACCGGUCUAUAAUAGCUUCAGGGAGAGGUGACAGUACAUCUACUCUUUCAGGGCCCGCAGAGCGUUCUCACAAAGGUAAAUCAAAGAAGAAAACAAAAAGUGAGGAGUAAUGUCCUUCACAUUCUCCCUCUUGUCUUGUCUCUCUACCAAUUUUCCUUUUCCUUCUUUUUACCUUUACUCUAGAUAUGCCAAUUUCUUGACAGCAAGUUUAACAGAGUUACUCUAUUUUUCUUUAUGCUUGCAAUUAAAAAAUUUUCACCAUUUUAGGUUUCAUCGUAGAGAUUUUCUCUUCAAUUGCAAUUGUCAAGACAAUUGAAGAGGCUUCUUUGAAUCCUUUCAUUAAUGCUGUAUACACACAUAAUCAACUGUUCAUGUUUGGGUGGGUCAUCUCUUUGUACUUGUUUGGACUUUCCAACAUUUUUUUUUUUUUUUGUGACGGUUUGCUUGAGUUCCAGCUCCUAAUUGUAUUCUGUGUUUUGUUUGCGUUCUUUUUGUUGAAAAACCUUUAUAUCUGAAGGCUGGCGCUUAUCUGAUGGAAAAGGCAACUAGGUCCGUCAGUCUGGCUUAUAAUUUGUUUUUUGUCCUUUUUAAUGAACAUUAACUUAAUCAUUGAAGGUUGUGUUUAGUGCAUAAGAUUAUAGAUAGAAAUAGGAUAAAAUAAGAUUAUAUUUGUCGGAUGAUGAUCAUCUUGUCUAAUUUUAUUCAUCAACUUGUGCAUCAAAUGCACCCAAAACUUGCUAUCUUCUUUUGCCGUUUGCAAACUCCUAAUUAUACUCCGUCGCUUGUUUGUUGUUUUUUUGAAAUACUUGAUACUGAAAGCUGGUUCUUAUCUGAUGAAGAGGCAAAUAGGUUUGUCAGUAUGGUCUAUAAUUUGUUUCAGCUUCUUUAAUGAACAUUAACCUAAUCAAUUAAGGUUGUGUUUGGUUUAUAAGAUUAUGAUAAGAUUAAAUAAAAUAAAAUUAUAUUUGUAGGAUGACAAUCAUCUUAUUCUAUUAUAUUCAUAAUUUAGUGCACCGAAUGCAACCAAAACAUGCUAUUUUCAUUUUACAUUUGAUAAUCAAUGUUAUCAGCUUAUUUUGUGUUUGUUCUAUAUAGAAAUGUUAAGGAGUAGGGUAUAAAAUGGGUAGACCAUUUUUUAUCCUCAUUUUCGGAUUAUAU